AUGGACUUGUUUGCAUUUGAUAUUGCAGAGCAAUGCAAUGCCCCUGUGGGCCUGCCGCUGUGCUCGGUGUGUCAGAAGUGCCCAGCCAAGUAUCGGUGUCCAGGCUGCAGCACCCGCACAUGCUGCCUGGCCUGCGUCAGAGGGCACAAGGAAGCAGCACAGUGCAGUGGGAAGAGGUCCAGGACAGACUUCAUUUCCAUCAAGGAUUUCACCGAUUCGAACCUCUUGUCAGAUUUCAGAUUCCUGGAAGAGCUGAAGACCGCCAGUGACUGUGCAUCAAGGCACAGACCCAGUCACAGGGGCAUGAGAGAAUGGCCAAAGAGAAUGAAGAUACUCAUGAGUGAGGCACAGAAGCGCCAUGUUGCCCUUCAGUUCCUCCCACAAGGGAUGAAGCGGCAGCGCUUGAACUCCACUUGGUAUAACAUCAAAAGACAACGCAUUCACUGGGACAUCGAGUGGCGAUUUGCCUGUGCCAAAGUAGAAAUAAUGGAGAAGAGGGUUGAUGAGGACACCAGGUUAGAUGAACUGCUGCAAAAGCACCUGAAUUUCGCCAUUGGGAAGGGAGCUCUGCUGCACAAACUCAAACCCUACUCAGAGGCGGGGGUGGAGCAGCUGCAGGUAGUAAUGCGAAGGGAAAGGUGCAAGGCAAACGAGGUUGACUACUACCUGCUGGACAAGGCAGCACCGCUCCGGGAGCAGCUGGUGGGAAGGGUCGUCAUCGAGUUCCCAAUAUUCACUGUCCUGCUGCCCAGUGAGAUGAGUUCUUACACCAUCCACAAGGCGCAAAUGGGACAAACCGCGAACGGGGUCUCAGAGCAGCAAGCAAGCGGCCAGGAGCCAUUGCAUCGAUGA